GCGGGCCGGGCGCAGCGGCGCCAUGUCGGAGCAGCAGUUCGCCAUGGACUCGGCGGCGGGCGCCGGGGGCAGCGCGGCGGAGCCGGCGGAGCAGCCCGAGGGGCUGGCGGGGGCUGGGGCGGCGGGCGCCGACGGGGCAGGAGGAGGAGGAGGAGGAGGAGGCGGCGGGAUAGAGUCGGAGGGAGCCAAGAUUGACGCCAGCAAGAACGAGGAGGACGAGGGGAAAAUGUUUAUUGGCGGCCUUAGCUGGGACACUACAAAGAAAGACCUGAAGGACUAUUUUUCUAAGUUUGGUGAAGUCGUAGACUGCACUCUGAAGUUGGAUCCCAUCACUGGGCGAUCCAGAGGCUUCGGCUUUGUGCUCUUCAAGGAAUCUGAGAGCGUAGAUAAGGUCAUGGACCAGAAGGAACACAAGCUGAAUGGAAAGGUCAUUGAUCCAAAAAGAGCUAAAGCCAUGAAAACAAAAGAACCUGUUAAAAAGAUUUUUGUUGGGGGCUUAUCUCCAGAUACGCCUGAGGAGAAAAUAAGGGAAUAUUUUGGAGGUUUUGGUGAGGUUGAAUCGAUAGAGCUCCCCAUGGACAACAAAACCAACAAGAGGCGUGGAUUUUGCUUCAUUACUUUCAAGGAGGAGGAACCAGUGAAGAAAAUAAUGGAAAAGAAAUACCACAAUGUUGGGCUUAGUAAAUGUGAAAUAAAAGUAGCCAUGUCCAAGGAACAGUAUCAGCAGCAGCAGCAGCAGUGGGGGAGUCGAGGAGGAUUUGUCGGAAGAGCUCGAGGAAGAGGUGGAGGCCCCAGUCAAAACUGGAACCAGGGAUACAGCAACUACUGGAAUCAGGGGUAUGGAAACUAUGGCUACAACAGCCAAGGGUAUGGAGGUUAUGGAGGAUACGACUACACUGGUUACAACAACUACUACGGAUAUGGCGACUAUAGCAGUGGAGACACAGUAUUUUCUCACUUGGAAGAUUCAUUUGAGGUGGCACAUGCUACCAGCUAAUAGCAGUUCAAACUAAUUUUUGUAUCAAGUCCAUGAAUUGGAAGUAAGACGUUGGGUCCCCUCUGAAGUUUAAUCCAGUUUUCAUUAAGACAAAAUUGCUUUCACGGUCUUAUUUCUUAAUUGCUGUGCUUAAGAAUCAAGCCCCCUUCCUCAGUAUUGUAGCUCAAGUCUUGUGUUGGAAAUCCCCCUGUGACAGUGUCAUGAUGUAGUAGUGUCUUACUGGUUUUUUAAUAAAUCUUUUUGUAUAAA